AUGGAUAUUCCUGUAAAUUCUUGUGAUAAUAUCAGUCCGACAAAUAGUAGCAGCGAGCCAUCACCACUUGCAGCAGACGCGAAACUCAAGUGUCACAUUGAAACAAAACGAGCACAGUCUCAACCGCCAUCACCGUCUUCUUCUAUGGUUGCUGCUAAAGCGCCGAUACUGAAAGAACUCGUACCUGAACAGGAACAAGAAGAAGAAGAAGAUCGAGAGCAGCAACAGGAUCAAGAGCAAGAGCAGCAAGAGGUUGAAGGAAAUCAGGCACACAUUGCACUAGAAGACGUAAAAGAGACAAUGCGUUGGAAAUCAACGGGUUCUAUUGCUAUUUUGACGCGACAACAAGAAGCACUGGACCAUCGAAGACAUACGUUUAGUACCAUGUCAGCUGAUAGUCGUGCCAAUAUGAGACGACGCAGUUACGACAUGACAAUGCAAUCAGUGCCAUUCGGUAGCACGUUUCCACCGUUGUCACUGCAACAACAACAACAGCAGCAGCAGCAGCCAUUUCCACAUUCUUUCAAGACGCAUCAUCAUUUGCAACACUUGCGAGUGUAUGGUAAGAGUUCCGACUCGACAAAAUCCAUUGAUGAUUGCCACGAAGAAGGGGCUUCGAUGAUUGCAUUUAUCUCGCCCAAUAUGGACACAGUUUGGACACGAGGUAAACCUGUGGAUGUGGAGUGGAAAGUACUGGACACAAAGGUGUCAAAACUACGGAUUGAAUUAUUGGAAGAUGGAUUGAGUGCUACGACACUUAUUGCUGCGGAGGCACCAAAUACAGGCUUUUUCACAUAUCAUAAGGUCCCGUGGGGGAUGGAAUCGGGUUCAAAUUAUUUCCUCCGUGUAUUGGCAGCAGACGAUCUUGAACGAUACCGUACAAGUUGUUUCUUUCAAAUCAGUUCAGCUCCAUAA